AUGCCUCUCGUUAAAUUGAAGAAGAAGAAGAAGAAGAUGCCGAGCAGGUUGUCUUGUAAUUUGUGCAAUAAAAAUAUAACGAAAUCGGGGUAUAAAAUACAAUGUAGUAUCUGCAAGUCAUGGUUUCACCAAAAAUGUGCCCAGUUAAGUGAAUUCGAGAUAAGGGUAUUACAAUCCCGAAAAAAGGAAUGGAUUUGUCUAAGUCACGAAAAAAGUGAGGUUAGCGUCAAUGAACAUCCCAUCAAUGUGAAUAUAGAUGAGGAAGUUACCAGCCUUGAAACUUUAAAACUACUGAUACUAGAACUAAAAACAGAAGUAGUUCAAAUGAACAAUGGGAUGAAAUUCAUCAACGAAAUGUUUGAAGAGGAAAAACAUAAAAAUAGAGUGUUCGCUGAAAUAGCAGAAGAGCUCAAAAAUGAGAACAGAAUUCUAAAAAGCGAACUGCACUAUGUAAAAAGUUAUAUAAAUGAUAUAGAAAGGGAAAAAAUUUCAAAGAAUAUUGUAGUAAAUGGAGUUUGCGAACAAAAGGAGGAUAACAUAGAAGAAGCGAAACUUAAAGUUACCAAAGUUCUGCAGUACAUUGAUGCUGGGGUAACAGAAGGUGACAUAGAAAAAAUUAAAAUAGUACCAACCAAUAAUAGACCCUUGGUCAUCGCUACAUUAUUUGAUAAACAAAAAAGGCUGAAUCUACUCAAAAAUAAAAACAAAAAAGGUGAAAUAACAGGGAAAAGUGUCAAAUCGGCAAUAAUAUAA